AUGACGAAAAUCACUGCUCUAUGUCACAAGAUUCUGGAGAAUGAAGUCCUUCGUCGCUCCUCACAAAUCCUUUCGGUUGUUGGUGAUCAAGCGUACAUUUUUGGCGGAGAGCUGCGUCCGCGCGAGCCACGAGACAAUGAUGUCCAUGCUGUUUCGUUGGACAGUGAAAAUGCCACGAUGACUUCCAAGUCUGCAACAUCCCACUCUCCCUCGCCACGUGUGGGAACUGCCGCCUGUACCCUGAACGGCAAGAUAUAUCUCUUCUCAGGCCGAGGUGGCGUGGCAAUGGCCCCGGUGGAGGAGCAGGGCGCGGUCUGGGAAUUCGACCCUGCGACAACAACCUGGUCGUUCAUUCUGCCUGCGGGCACGAACGCGAGGAAUCUCCCAGCCGCUCGCAGCUAUCAUUGUAUGACCAGUGACGGGAAAGACACGCUUUACCUUCAUGCUGGUUGCCCCGAAAAGGGAAGGUUGUCGGACCUGUGGGCUUUCAACUUGUCUCAGCGGGUCUGGACUGAGCUUACCCCGGCAUUUGAUCCUCCACGCGGGGGUACCUCGAUUGCCUUCGCGGAUGGUAAUUUGUAUCGGAUGAAUGGCUUCGAUGGGAAUACCGAGCAGGGAGGGAGUGUGGACAUUUACUCUCCCGAAGCGGCGUCUUGGAGUUCGCACAGUUAUCCGCCCGAUGGCAACGAUGGGCCGGCCGCGCGAAGUGUGAGUGCCUUGUUGCCACUUCGUCUGAAUGGCCGAUCAUUUUUAGUCACCUUGUUUGGUGAGCAUGACCCCAGUUCCUUGGGCCACCAAGGAGCGGGGAAGAUGUUGAAUGAUGUAUGGGCAUUCGACAUUGAAAGUAAGAACUGGGAGGAGGUCGUUGUCCAAGGGGAUCAACUGCCUCUUGCACGGGGCUGGUUUGAUGCGGAUGUUGUGGGUGUAAACACAGUUGUGGUUCAUGGUGGGUUGGGGGAAUCAAAUGAGCGAUUGGGGGAUGUGUGGAUGAUUGAGUUUUCUUGA